ACACACUCACCAAAAAAGGAAAUAUUCUUCUCAGCCUGGUCAUUGUCGAAAUGGAUCAUUACAUCCUUCUCAAAUCAACCUGACUGAUUCUACACAAAGCUCAGGAGCAGGUUUUGUGACACAGUAGAGUCGUCCCUCCCCACCAGCACAUCACAAGCAGGGCUUUCCAGGCAGGGAUGGGUUAAAGGGGAUCAGCCAUGGUGGUGACCCAUCUGGCUCUGGAGCUACGUUUCCAGGGGAAGAAGCUGAGGGGCUUCACAUGCAAACUGACCCGCUCAGCCCACGGCUUCCUGCCAGAGAGCUCGUGGAUCAUCGCAGCCCAGGUCCUGCUGCCGUACCUGGUGUCCGGCCUGGGCAUGGUGGCAGCUGGGAUUCUCAUGGACGUAGUGCAACACUGGGAGGUGUUCAAGGAGAUCUCAGAGGUAUUUAUCUUGGUGCCAGCACUGGUGGGGCUGAAGGGGAAUCUGGAGAUGACGUUGGCAUCCAGACUGUCAACAGCAGCCAACACAGGGCAGAUGGAUGAGGCUCAGCAGCAGUGGAGGAUGGUGUUCUGUAAUCUGGCUCUCAUUCAGGUCCAGGCCACAGUUGUGGGUUUCCUGUCAGCGGUUGCAGCAGUGGGUCUUGGGGGUCUGACCAGGGGGGGAGUGGAUGUUGUCCAGGCUUCUAUCCUGUGUGCCAGCAGCGUCACCACUGCUUUCAUUGCUGCUCUGUCUCUUGGUCUGGUGAUGGUGGCAGUGAUCAUCGGCUCCAGGAAAGUGGGCAUCAACCCAGAUAACGUGGCAACGCCCAUCGCCGCCAGCCUCGGAGAUCUCAUCACUCUGUCGUUGCUCGCUGGGGUCAGCAGCCUCUUCUUCUGUUACAGAGACAUGUGGUACCUGCCUCCUGUGGUGUGUGGCUUCCUGCUGCUCCUCAUCCCAGCGUGGGUCAUUAUUGCCUGUCGCUCUCCUCCAGUCAGAGAGGUCCUAAAGUCAGGCUGGCAACCAGUCAUUUUGGCCAUGUCCAUCAGCAGUGUUGGUGGUCUGAUUCUGGACAGGACAGUGAGUAAUCCAAACUUUGAAGGCAUGGCAGUGUUCACUCCAGUCAUCAAUGGUGUAGGGGGAAAUCUGGUGGCCAUCCAAGCCAGCAGGAUGUCCACCUACCUCCACUACUGGAGUGUUCCUGGAACUCUUCCACUGAAAAUGAAUGUAAACUGUCCUGGACUCUGUGCCACCUUCUGCUCCUCAGAUGUGAACUCUAAAUCAGCCAGAGUCCUGGUCAUCCUAGUAGUCCCGGGUCACCUCCUCUUCCUGUACACCAUCCACCUCCUGCAGGGAGGCCAUAUUCCCAUGACACCAACCUUCAUCAUCUGCUACCUGUCUGCAGCUCUGCUUCAGGUGGUGAUUUUGCUUUAUGUGACCAGGCUGAUGGUGCGCUGGCUGUGGCAAAGGGGUCUGGAUCCAGACAAUUUCUCCAUCCCCUACCUCACAGCUCUGGGUGACCUGCUGGGGACUGGAUUCUUGGCUCUGAGCUUCAGACUGAUUCUCAUGGUCAGUUCAACUGGGACUGGAGAUUGACACAGACAUGAGUUCCUGUACACCCUGAAUGUACUGUUACUUUAUAUGCAAGUAGCUGAAACACACCACAAAGCCUACUGGGCUUUCUCCAAGAAGGAAGGUGACGAAAAAGAAUAUAGGAGGCAAGUAUAGCAUUUUACUUGGGGCCUAAGAUUGCACUGUGGGACAUUUUGAGCCCAGAAAAAUGUUUUUUUCUGAGCCCAUAAAUUCUAUUUCAGAGAAUGAUGUAAUUUGAGCAAACAGAAAUCUAUUAUCUGCUCAAUAAAUGUAUAUGCGUGUUCGCCAUUAUCCAAGUGCACAGUCAUAACUUCUCACCCAUUUGCUAUUUAAUUCCCCCCAAUUUGCACAUAACUCUGAAGUUCAUGAAUCUCUCUGCCUCAUAACUACAGGAAGGAAAUAACUGUAAGAAACAGGGUUUUACAUCCUACAAUACUACUAGAAGCUGACAGAUAGUUACCAGGUAAGCAGUAGUUAACUAAGUUAGCUGGAUAAUUGCUAUCUGACAACUACAAGUAUCUGUCAGCUACAGUAGCUUCUUAGAUAGCUAGGUAGACUAACUUAUUUAAAACUAUGUCACCCAAACCGUAUAAGCCACUCUUGUGUGGGUGUGGUGAUGCUGCCAUUUCUCCAGUGCUUCCCUACUCCCCUAGCAACCGAUAAUCCUACUAGCACUCAGAGACAGAACAGCCAAUCAGAAACAACCUACUCCAGUUUUUUUCCAUUUACUUAAAUUGUGGCUGUAACACUGUGUCAGACCGAACAAGGCAAAUCUGAGCAGAGGUGCUGAGAGAUCAAAACAGACACAGUGACAGUGUCUAAGGGUUUGUGAGCACACAGAGCAGGGAAUUAGAGAACAUGUGAGUAAAAGUCAGUGACAGGUUAAUACUGUGCCCUUGUAUAGAUGAUAAUUACACAUAAUACAUUUCCAGAGCACAGGUCAGACUUUUGUUUGCACAAAUUAAAUUAUUCUUUGGUGGUAAUAAUCAAUCCGCAAAGCAUAACUUGAUUGCAAAAAAUUAUUUUGCAUGCUCAAAAUAUCCGUUCACACUCAGGAUUGAGGCACAGAUAUUACACUGUAAACGACGGGCUGCAAAAAAGACAAGUGGAAACAACCUGGCUCAACACAGACAGAUAAGCUGAGGAUGGUGUAGGCUUAUUUCGGUUUCCAUAUUUACCAGCUCACUUUGGUCAGCAGUCGUAUCCUGUUUCACCACCAAGCUUGGCUCUGUAGAAACAACAUGCAUCUAAAAUGGAAACAAGUGGGAAUCGCUGUAGAACCACUGUAUUGUUAACUGUUGACACAUUUGUCCACCUAUUGUCAGCUAAAUUUAAAUGUUAGAUGGCAAACAACUGUAUUGAGACAAUAAUAAUAUAUAACUGAGUGUAAACGUAUAUCAGCAUAAAUCAGAUGCUGCACUGUCUGGAGGAAUGUUAGAUUUUAUCGUCUUUAUUUAAAGUAGAUUUGUGCCUUUAAACCGUGACAAGCCUUCAGUUCUCUGAUGUGCUCCUGAACUCUGAGUUUGAUGUCGCAAAAUUUCUACUGGAUGUUUGAUUUUUUUGUGCAGCACAGUGCCACUGAAUAUACCCUGUUGUGUUUAACUGUCCCUGUGUCACUAUGUGUUCUAGAUAUUGACAAUACAGAUAUUUCCUUGUGCUAUUUUUGUGUACAAAUGAUUCAGUGAGCAUCUCUCUCUAUGGGAUGUUUUCAGUGGUUUGAUAUGCACUUUUAGAAAAGAUGUUUGUCUUUAGUGAUCUGAAAAUAGCAUCCAAAGAUGGUAAUAAUCUUAUUUUCACAGUCAGAUCAAGCUUGACUGGACUUUAUAGUGCCACCACAUUUGUGAAAAAACUUCUAGAUCAACACAUAAAAGAUGUCAUCUAGGAAAAUUUGUCAUGUAAAUAAAAUACUGGUAAGUCAGGGCC